AUGUCCCUUCGCAGAACAUCAUGUUUAUCAUGUGUUGCAGCAAAGCGUCGGUGCGACUUGGAAAGGCCCACUUGCGCCCGCUGUCGGAAGAAGAACGCGGUGUGUCAGUACCCAUAUCCGCCUCCACAGAAUACACAGGAUCAGAUUGCAAAUGUCAGCACUACAAGCGACUCUGGUAUCCUGGAAGUCAGCGACAUCAUGAGUGUAGAUAGCUGCAUAGACCGAUCUACGAUCCUCUAUCCCGGAGAGGAAUAUAUUGACCCACUGCUAUGGUUUCCGGACGGUCCGACGAGCCCCGCUCAGGGCUGGGCCGUAGAACCGGAUGAGUGGUCGUCUAAGACGAGGGCAAUAGAUGGACUAUCACUAUCCUCACUACUGCCACGGCUGGAACGCAGAGUCUUGGAGUUUUGGCCCCGUGUUAAUGACAUGCAAACCUGGCGAUUCUGCAUCCGAACAUUCCUAGGCUAUGUCGAUCACUUCUUGAACACCGGUACACUGCCUCUCGUUGAGUCAUCCACCGAUUCUAAAGGUGGGCUUUCUCCUAUUCUCCGGGAAGCCUACGGAGUGUGCGCCGCAUAUCGCACCUGCCAGCAUGCAGCCCAGCCUUUCUACCUCCAGCUGUUGAAGGCAGGCGUCAGUAAUGCGGGUAUGAGUAACCUACCGCAGGCGGAACUGCAGGAUCAACUUGAUCACCUCCAGGCUUUGAUUCUCUACUUUAUUCUCUUCCUCGCGGGUGGUGUUGGUGAUCAGUCUUUGUUUAUCCAGUUGGACUACAAGUUAGCACAGGGCACAGCCGACCUAGAACGCAGAGAGUUGGAACUUCGACACACAUCAUCCCCAAGCCAUUUGAAGAGCAGGGGUCUCUGUGAAAAUGCCCGGCGACUUAUCUUAGUGUCAUAUCUGGUGCGUGCUGUCCAUGCCGUGGUCCACUUCCACAGAUGCGACUUUAUCAAAUAUCUUGCUGGGCUGCCGGUCUCUACUCAGUCAUACACGAAUUUGUAUUUUGGGAGUCUUGAUGAAGGGCAAUUGACUACGCAAUCAGCAUCCAGAAUUGUGUCUUACGACGAGCUUGUGGGUGUCUGGGAACAAGGCGAACUGCAUCAUGUAGAUGACUUCAAAUUCCUUUUGCUGGUUGCAUGCAAAGGAUUGGACACCGUGCAAGGGAAGAUACUCGGUAGUUGA